CAACACAUCAACUAUACCCCAACCGAACCUACAGAAGAUUUGAAAGCAUUCGAACGUCGGCUACGUGAGGUGAUCAAUGGUUUGGGCCCGAAAGCUCGUUUGUGGCGCGUCAUCCUUUUUGUCGUCACCCUUUCUUUCCUCACCACUGCCUAUUUUUGGCUCGUUGAUCCAAAAACCUAUCAAUUCGGAUUCGUCAGCUCACUGCAAAAUCACCCACAGUUUGUGAUUAGUCUCAUCAGCCUGAUCGCCCUGUUUCUGAUGGGCGCGCAUAAAAAAGUCAUUCUACCCAAUAUCAUAGCGCAUCGGUGUCGUGUCAUUCUGGCGGAAUACAAUAUGACUUGUGACAAUUCGGGAAAAUUGAUUCUCCGGCCUAAACCAACCCUUUAG